AUGGAGGGCCAGAACAAGAAGGGGAGAAAGCUGACAGAGAACCCUUCCCAUCCCUCCCCAUCCCCCGGCGGAGUCCAGGGCUUCGUGUCCCCCAUCCGCCGGCUGGCCUUCUCCAAGACCGGGCCGCGGCAGGUCCCAGCCGGGGUCGGGGGUCGGGGGUCCCGUCGCCCCCUGCACUCCGUCCCCCUCUACCCCCCGGACUACUUGGCCGACCCCCGCAUCCUGCUGCACGACUACCUGGAGAAAGAGGUCCAGUUCCUCGGGCAGCUGACCUGGGUUUCCUCGUCCCUGAACCCCUCCAGCAGAGAUGAGCUCCUGCAGCUGUUGGACAAGGCCCGGGUACAGGAGCUGCCUCUGCGACGCCCCCCGGGAGCGGAGCAGGACAGCAUCCUCAGCCUGUCGGCCCGCUGCCUGCUGCUCACCUGGCGGGACAACGAGGAGCUCAUCCUGCGCGUGCCCACCCACCACGUGGCAGCCGCCUCCUACCUAAGAGACGACGCCCUCCACCUCCUCGUCCUCAAGACCGGCCUGGGGGUGGACCCGGUGCCCCCGGAGAGGUCGCCCGGGGCCGGAGGGGGUCCGGAGCCCCGGCAGCCCGGGGGCAACGUGGAGCGACGCCACACCAUCUGCAGCCUCGACUGGAAGAUGGCGCGGGGCGGGCGAGAGGGCCGGGCCGGAGCCGGCGGCAGCCUGGAGCGCCAGCAGGCCCGGGGGGCCGGUCCCAAUCCCGGGGGGCGGCCUUUCGGCAGCUGGGAGAGGAAGGGGGCCGCCCGCCCGGGGGGCAGCUGGGAGAGGAAGGGGGCCGCCAACCCGGGGGGCAGCUGGGAGAGGAGGCACGUGGGAGGAAACCCUCUGGACCCCCGGGACCCCAGCCCGGACGCCUACUGCAACCUGGUCAUCCUGGCGGUGGCAAGCAGGGAGGCGGCGGAGGAAUCUUGCUCGCUGAUCAGCCAGGCCUUCCGCAUCAUCUACGGAGACCAAACCAUCCAGCCCAUCGACCGAGCCGGAUGCCACUGCGCCCCCGGGCCUGGCCGGCCCUGGCUCACCGCCCGCAGUGACAGCGUGAACACGGAGGUGACCUACAGUUACGAUGCUGAUUUUAGCUGUUGCAGCUCUUUCACGGGCUCCCACGACACCUUCGAAGCCUGCUACAGCAGGGCGUCCACACCAUCGUCCUUUCAGGACUCUCGCCACAGCGGCAGCGAUCAGAGCGGCGGGGACGUGGAGCACUUGCAGGAGUAUUUGAACACGCUGAGGAACAAACUCUCUCCGCCGGAAAUCCAGAAGUUUGCCGUGCUACUGCGGGAAUACCGGCUGGGAAUGGACGUGCAGGAAUAUUGCCGGGAGCUGCUCAGGCUUUACGGGGACAAGAGGAAAUUCCUGCUCCUCGGCCUGGGGCCCUUCGUCCCCGACCAGGACGUGGGCUACUUCGAGAGCUUCCUGGAGGACCUCGGCAUCCGCGAGGGAGGCAUCCUCACCGACAGCUUCGGCAGGAUCAAGAGAGGCCGGGCCUCCGCCUCCAUCCCGGCCUUCCCGGGCUCCACUCCCUUUCCCAUCCCGGCCUCCAUGCCUGCUCCCGCCCUGGCCUCCGUCCCGGCCUCCAUCCUGGCCUCCGCCGCUGUAUUGGCCUCCACCUCCCCCGACCGCAGCUACAGAGCCAAAGAUGGAGGCCCUCAUGAGCCGCGGGUUCAAGGGGAGGAAGAGGAAGAAGAGGAGGAGGACAACUAUCUGUGAGCAAAGCAGCGCGGGGGGCAAGGCUCUCUCCGAGCCCCUUCCCCUCCCUGGGAUCUGGGCGACGCCAAUCGCCCGCCACUCCAUCAGCAGCGCUUACUGAGCGCCUACAGUGUGCAGAACUCUGUACUGAGCGCCCGGGAGAGGCAAUAGAAUUAGCAGAUACGAGCCCUGCUAUUGAGGCGCUCACCACCUACCCAUCAAUCACCGGUAUUCACUGAGCGCCGUCGGCGUGCCAAGCGCCACGUUGAGCACUUGGGAGAGUCCAGUAGAGUUAGGAGACACCCUCAAG